UUAAAUUUUAAUCAACUUUGUGUUUAAACAAACAUUGGACAUAAUGCCCCGACGUGGACGAGCCGCACCUCCAUCAAGGACCGUAAGAAGCUCGGCAGUACCAGCGCGUCAUGUUGCAGCAGCGCCUGCACCAAUGUCUUCGCCCAUGGUUGCCCAACCUAAGCAACCUGGAUUGAUGGGUCAGAUGGCUGCGACUGCCGGUGGCGUUGCAAUUGGUUCUGCCGUAGGGCAUACCAUUGGCAGUGCUAUUACCGGAAUGUUUGGAGGCGGUUCGGGCCACCAAGAAGCAAUGGCUCCGGCGGUAGCAGCGGCACCAGCCCCAUUAAGUGCCCCUACGCAAGCUCCGGGUGCUUGCGCUUGGGAAGUUAAACAAUUCUUGGAGUGCGCUCAAAAUCAAUCGGAUUUGACUUUGUGCGAAGGCUUCAACGAGGCCAUUCGUCAAUGUAAACUUUCAAACAAUUUAGCAUUGUAAUAAAAUGGAGAAUGUAGCUGCUAAUUUCAAUGGUUAAAUAGAAGUACUUUAUUAUGAGAAGAAAAAUAAUGAAAUUACUGAGUUUUUAAUUUUAUAUAUGUAGUUUCUGUACUUUGAUUUCCGCAUUUUUCUUAUGUAUACCAGUGCUACACAUUGGUAAUAAUUCAAAAAUAAAUAGUAAAUAAUUGUACCUUA